AAUUGUUUUUUUUCUAUUAAUAAAAUAAUUAAAAACGGACGUAUAUAAGAAUAGAAAAAUCUAAAAACGAAGUUAGUUAGUUAGUUCAAGGCAGUGUUAUUUUCAUGAUGCUUCCCCCGAGAACUGCGCUUUUCUCUCUCUUCAUUCUCUCUCUCUUAACCGGAAUCCUCCCUUCCACCGCCGUGCCAGACACCGGCGGCACUACUACCAUCGGCUUCACCUACUCCGCCGCUGUGGACAAUUCUCCACCGCCUGAGCAUGUCGUUACAGCACUUCAAUCUCUCAAUAUCCCCGCCGUACGCCUCCUUAAUCCGAGUCCAACUUUAAUCCGAGCAUUUUCCUACUCGAACAUCUCCCUGCUACUCACCGUCCCAAAUUACCUCGUCGGAGCCUUCGCUGCUAAUCGCUCAGCUGCUACUCUAUGGGUUUACAACAAUGUACUUCCGUUUCAUCCUCGUGCUCGGAUUUCACUCAUUUCAGUCGGUUCCGACGUUAUCUCUUCCACCGGCGGUCCCGGAGUUUCUGAUCCUACCACUGCCUUAGUCCCUGCUAUGCAAAACUUACACCACGCGCUUAUUGAUUUGGGAAUCCGUACUGUUUCAGUUUCUACUACUUUCUCCUUCAUCAACGUGAUUACGACGGCGUUUCCUCCGUCUUCAGCUGAGUUCCAAGAGCCUGUUAACUCGCUUGUUAUCAGACCUGUACUUGAGUUUUUGGAGGAAACGAAUUCAUCUCUGUUAAUGAAUGUGUAUCCGUACAAUGUGUAUCGACUCCAUGGAGAGAUUCCGAUUAGUUUCGCUUUGUUCCAGGAAGGUCCAUUUAACUUCCGUGAUGAUGUUGUUACAGGUGUUCGGUAUCAUAAUCUGUUUGAUAUGAUGGUUGAUGCUGUAAUUGCUGCAAUGGCGGUUUCAGGCUACGAGAAUGUUCCCCUGAUUUUGACGGAAACAGGGUGGCCAAGUAAUGAUGAGCACAUGAAUGCAGAGGAGAGUCAGAUAUACGCUGAGAAAUACUUACAAGGACUGAUUUCGCAUUUGAAAUCUGGCCUUGGAACUCCACUCAGGAAGGAAGGUGCUGCUCAGGCUUACAUUUACCAGUUGUUUGACGAUGGGCCUGAAUCGAAUUCGAAGAAGAACAACUUAACUUCUGAUGGUGGUGAAACAGUGCAUCAGUACUGGGGAGUGAUGUACCACAACCUGACCAUGAAGUACAACAUCAAGUUUGACAAUGCUCAUCAAAUUUCCACAAUGCUUGGUUUACUCGUUCCCUCAAUCUAUUUUCUAUGGCUUCUUUACCAUUUCUUCUUCUGUCUGUUUGGUCUGGAUUGAUGAUUGACUAGUACUAGAGAAAUCUUCAUGUUAAUACUAAUUCAUUGCCUGGAGGGUAACUUUGCCUGAACCAGAUCUCUGGUUCUUUCUUAAACUCCAAAUUAGUCUACUGAUGAUUGCAAGCACAAUCAAGAAUAGCAUGUAUGAUACCUAGAGAUUUCUGUUGCUGUUGAUUGAAUUUCUGUUGUAGUAUUACAAGAAAGCAUACAAACAAUGUAGUUGU